GUUUCAAUGCAAGGGCCCACUGAUCUUGCUGCAUUGAUUCGUCUUGAUUGCGUGUUGAUUACCGUCAGCAUAAUAAUACGGCAGAUAUCGUGUUUGCUCAUUGCUUCUAGAUACUUCACCCUGAGACAUUACGUCCUUCGGUAGAGCUAUUUGGCAUCAUGGCUCGUGGGAUUGAGGGCAAUGAGAUUGCCACUCCAAAAUCAUCCGCAAGCAAGGCCAAGCCGGCCACAACAUCCAAGGGUGGUAAACAGCAAUCCAUCGCUGGCUUCUUCUCGAAACGUGCACCACCUGCCAGCUCACCGGCAACACAAUCGGUGACAAGUCUGCCCGAGAGGGCGGCCGCCUCUAGUCCAAUCAUUGCCGCGCAGGCAAAACGGCAGGCUUCCACUUUUGCACACUCGCGCGACAAAGAGAAUGAGGCGCCAGAUACGAAGGAUACCAACUUCUCGAGUCCUUCCCGUAAGGCCAAGAAACGAGUAAACUACGCCGAGUCGGACGAAGACGAGGACGAGGAUGAAGUUUUCAAGCCGCUCUCCAGUAAUCGCCGCGCCGGAAAGCAGCGUCGCAUCGACCUUGAUGACUCUGAUGACGACUUCGGAUUCGACCAAGCCACGCAAGCGGCAAUGGAGGAGAUAGACGACGACUUGAUCGAUUUUGUGGUCGACGAUGAUUCGGACCAUGAGACAGUGAAAAAGCCCAAGAAACGCACCUCUAAAUCGCAGCCGAGUAAAGGCUCGGGUCAGAUCAUUGAGAGAGCACCGCCAUCUCCAAUUCGUGAGGAGAGUGAAGACCUGCCAAAGUCGUCCACUGCACAGCAAUGGAAAUUCGAUCCAGAUGCGCCACCGUCUGAGAAACCUUACUCGCACACAUCAGCUCCACAGCGAUCCGCGCCUACCGAAAAAAAUUUCAAGAAGGUAAAAGCGCACCACACAGAGCCGUCCGAACGAUAUCCAUGGUUGGCGGAAAUACAAGAUCUCGAAAGGCAUAAACCUGACCAUCCAGAUUAUGAUCCUCGAACUAUAUACGUCCCUCCACUGGCGUGGAGCAAUUUCUCACCUUUUGAGAAACAAUACUGGGAGAUCAAGCAGAAAUUUUGGGACACAAUCGUCUUCUUCAAAAAGGGCAAAUUCUAUGAGCUGUACGAGAAUGAUGCCACGAUUGGCAACCAGCUCUUCGACCUGAAACUUACCGACCGCGUGAAUAUGCGCAUGGUAGGUGUACCUGAGGCAAGCCUUGACCAUUGGGCGAAUCAAUUCGUCGCCAAAGGAUUUAAGAUCGCUCGUGUGGAUCAGAUGGAGACCGCUUUAGGUAAAGACAUGCGCGAGAGAGAUCUCAAGGGCAAAAAAGAAGAGAAGGUCAUCCGGCGGGAAUUAGCGUCCGUUCUCACAGCUGGCACGCUUGUUGAUGGUGGCAUGCUCCAGAAUGACAUGGCAACCUACUGCGCUGCGAUCAAGGAGUCAGAGGUUGAUGGACGGCCAGCUUUUGGAAUUGCCUUUGUUGACACUGCCACCGCACAAUUCUCUCUGGCAGAGUUCGUUGACGACGCUGACAUGACGCGUUUCGAGACAUUUGUCGCUCAAGUCCGUCCCGGUGAGUUGCUUCUGGAAAAGGGCAGAAUAUCUGCGAAGGCGCUACGGAUACUCAAGGUGAAUACCACACCAACAACGAUCUGGAAUUAUCUCAAACCCGAAAAGGAAUUUUUGACCGCAGACCGAACUCGGAUGAAAAUUGAUGCCGAAUCUUACUUCGACAAGACUGAUGAAGAUACGAUUAAAGCAUGGCCAGCCGUACUUCGCGAAGCAAAAUCGAAAGAUCUAGUGUUCUCCGCCCUAGGUGGUUUGAUUUGGUAUUUAAACCUACUCAAGAUCGAGCGCGACCUGAUCACUUGCGGCAACUUUGCAUGGUACGAUCCGAUCCGGAAAGCAUCCAGUCUUGUCCUUGAUGGACAGAGCCUGAUCAACCUGGAAAUCUUUGCGAACACAUUUGACGGGAGCGCCGAGGGCACGCUCUUCUCGAUGCUCAACCGAUGCAUAACACCCUUCGGCAAGCGCAUGUUGAGACAGUGGGUUUGUCAUCCGCUUGGUGACGCAACGAAGAUCAAUCUCCGCCUGGAUGCCGUCGACGCGCUCAAUGCAGACGGGAUUAUCAUGGAUCGAUUCACCGCUUCGCUUUCCAAAUUGCCCGACCUGGAGCGUUUGAUUUCCAGAAUACACGCUGGGCGAUGCAAGGUCCAGGACUUCGUGCGAGUCCUCGAUGGUUUCGAGCAAAUCGAGUACACAAUGUCUUUGCUCGGCUCUGUGGGUGCUGGUGAGGGACUUCUGGGCCAGCUUUUGACAUCCAUGCCUGAUCUCGCCGGCACUCUGCAGCAUUGGACCACAGCAUUCGAUCGCACAAAGGCAAAGGAAGAAGGAUUGUUCCUACCAGAAGCUGGUGUUGAAGAAGACUUCGACGAGAGUCAGGCGCGAGUUGACGGCGUUUUGAAGCUCUUGCAGAAAUUGCUGGAUCGUGCUCGAAAGGAUCUCGGUUCCACUGCCAUCAAAUUCACCGAUAACGGCAAGGAGAUCUAUCAACUGGAAGUGCCUAUCAAGGUCAAGGGAAGCAUUCCCAAGAACUGGAAAGUCAUGUCUGCGACCAAGGCCUGUAAACGAUUUUACUCGCCUGAGCUCGAAUCGCUCGUGCGGGACUUGAAAGAGGCCCAGGAAAUGCACGGCCAAGUAGUCAAGGCUCUAGCUAGUCGUUUCUUUGCUCGUUUCGAUCAGGACUAUGCCGUCUGGCUCGCCGCCAUCAAAGUUGUCGCCCAGCUGGACUGUUUGAUAUCUUUGGCAAAGGCCUCUUCCGCACUCGGUUCGCCAUCUUGCAGACCGGAAUUCAUUGAGGACACUGAACGUGGUGUGCUCGAGUUCGAGACUCUGCGACACCCUUGCAUCGAGACCUCGACCAAUUUUAUUCCUAAUGAUAUCAUGCUCGGCGGAGAGGAAGCAGCCAUCACAUUGCUCACCGGUGCAAACGCUGCUGGUAAAUCCACUGUGUUGCGCAUGACAUGCAUUGCAGUGAUUCUAGCACAGAUUGGUUGCUACGUACCCGCCGAACGAGCGCGUAUGACGCCCAUUGAUCGGAUCAUGUCUCGGCUGGGCGCGCACGACAACAUCUUCGCCGGCCAAAGCACAUUCAUGGUGGAAUUGAGCGAGACCAAGAAGAUACUGGCCGAAGCUACACCUCGUUCGCUUGUCAUCCUUGACGAGCUCGGACGCGGCACGAGCAGCUACGAUGGUGUGGCCGUGGCACAGGCAGUCCUCCACCACGUUGCGACGCAUGUCGGUGCUUUAGGAUAUUUCGCUACUCACUAUCACUCACUGGCAACCGAAUUCGAGCACCACCCGGAAGUCGUCGCCAAGCGCAUGGCAGUGCAGGUGGAGCCCGAUGUGCGGGAAGUCACUUUCCUCUACCGUCUGGAACCCGGCGUGGCGGAGGGAAGCUACGGCAUGCACUGCGCCGCGAUGUGUGGCAUUCCCAACAAGAUCAUUGAUCGGGCCGAGGAAGCCGCGCAGAGCUGGGAGCACACGGGACGUAUCAAAGAAUCCCUCGAAAAGGCACAAGGCAACAAUUGGCUCCCGCUUGGCCUGCUCAGCGACAUCAGCUACAUUCUGAAAGACAGUGACGAUGGUGAUACAUGCGCGAGCAUGCGCAGUCUAGACAUUCUACGCAAAGCGAUCGCGGCUUUGUGAAGAGACGACGGUGUUGUGGUGUUCUUGAGCCUACAGGGCUCUUAUUCGUUGGAUGCGCAUAUGAUCUGAUUGCUAGAGAUUAUGAGGAAAUGGAGGGAUCCGAUGUGUGUCAUUCUUCUAUUAUAGCUCUUGUUUGAAUUGGCUUGAUUUACAGUAUGAUUUUUUGAGGAGGAUAGGGCAAGGAAAUUGCUCUCUGGAAGGAUCGCACCCCAUGAGGAUGUCAUGGAUUCAUUAGUGGUUUUCUAGUUUUAUUGACAGAGCGAGGACUUUGCUCGAGCUCUACGAAUAGCUGUACAAUAAAGUGUAGACAACGAUCUUGUCGAAUCUGCUCGUUCACCUCUCACCAGCGAGGCGUCUGUCUUGCACCUCCGUCAAGGCCCGACUACCACUGACAUAGGCGACCACACCCACAACGCCAGCGACCGGCAAGGUUUGG